AUGUUUGGCACUCGGUUGCGUCGACAGAGGCGUGUACUGGUGCCAGCGUUGAGAGUAUUACGGUCAUAUCCUCGUACGCAAGAGAAAAUUCAUUCAGCUUUAAAUACAUGGCUGCAAGUCGGGGGACAGAAGCGUAACUUUGCGAUGCCAGCGGCCAUUUUGAAUCAGAUGGACCUGCUGACACGCCGCUACGACGAAUUGGCGCACGAGUUAUCCCACAAUGAUGGCAGCUAUUCAUCCGACAAAAUUACCAAUUUGUCGAUCGAGUUGGCAGAAAUUGAGCCUAAAGUGAUGGCAGUGCGAGAUCUCAGGCAGCAAGAAAAGGCUGUCAAAGAAUUAGAUGAAAUGAUUAUUGAGCAGAAAAAUAGCGACGAUCCUGACGCUAUAGAGCUGCGUCAUAUGGCCGCGGAAGAACGUCGCGAGUUACUUGAGACUAUAACUAAGCUCGAAAAUUAUGUGGUGCGCCUUCUUUUGCCUCGCGAUGAAGCCGAUGACAAGAGUUCAAUUUUAGAGAUUCGUGCUGGAACCGGUGGUGAUGAAGCUUGCUUGUUUGCCGCAGAUAUUCUUAAAAUGUAUCAAAAAGUAGCUAUCGCUAAAGGGUGGAAGUUUGAGCUUAUGAGUAUCUCGGAAACAGAUUUAGGUGGUGUUAAAGAGUGUGUGUGCUCGAUCACAGGUCGUGGUGCCUUUGGUCGCAUGAAGUUUGAGAGUGGCGUACAUCGUGUACAGCGAGUACCAGUAAACGACGUGCGUAUCCAUACAAGUGCUGUUGCGGUAGUGGUUUUACCUGAAGCUGAAGAAGUUGAGGUCGAAAUUGAUCCAAAAGAUCUUCGCAUUGAUGUCUACCGUGCGUCAGGUGCUGGUGGUCAGCACGUAAACACGACAGAGAGUGCUGUGCGUAUCACACAUAUCCCAACGGGUAUCGUCGCGGCUGUACAAGACGAGCGGUCUCAGCAUCAGAAUAAAGCUAAAGCGUUGAAAAUAUUACGUGCGCGUGUGUUCGAUGGUAUUCGUCGGAAACGUGAUGCAGAGCGUCAGAUAAUGCGAAAUUCUCUGGUUGUGUCAGGGGAUCGCUCGGAACGCGUGCGCACAUAUAAUUUUCCACAAAGUCGCGUGAGCGAUCACCGUGUUAAUGUGACGGUUCAUGGUAUAGAACGUAUGCUAAAUGGCGAGCUACUUGACGAGAUUGUUGACGCAUUAGUAGUAAAUGAGCAGAACAACAUCUUGCAGCAGUUUGAAUCUCUUUAG